AUGUCUGCAAACCUUGGUAAACGCUGGGGUCAGCUCACUGCUAUGGCAUUUAUAGGCUCUGAUGGAGAGUGGUUGAUCUUCGGCACUGGCCGGGGUCUUCUCUACCAUGAAAUCUUCGCUGUUCUGGGUGCCUCUGCCUCCACGAUCCUGUUGCUGGUGUUCUACAACACAAUGCAGAAGCUUGCGAUGACCAGCCACUUUGUGGUGAAAUCCGAACUUAUCGCAUUGAAUUACAAGAUUUCAAGGCUACCUUCCGUCAGAAUGGUCACGGAACAACGCCGCGAUUAUUCCCCGCUCAUUGGCGCUUGUUAA